AUGGCUCUCUUGCUCGGCGCGCUGCUCGCCGCCGUGGCAACCGCGGCGAACCUGCGCGCGCCGCCGCCUUCGCUGCUCGACACGCUCAAAUCCUACACGCGCGUCGACGUCGCGCACGCCGACGGCGCGGCGCUCGGCGCCGACGAAUCCUUCCGCGACGCCGUCCGGCUCCGCAUCUCCGGCGCGGGCAUCGACGUCGUGCUCGACCUGGAGCGCGACUCUUCCGCCUUCCACGCGAACUACAAGGAGCUCGCGCUCGACGGCGCCGGCGGCGUCGUCGUCGCGCGCGCCGGCCGCCGCGGCUGCGCGUACCGCGGCGCGGCCGCCGGCGUCGUCGGCGGCGCGCCGGCGUCCGGCCGCGCGACGGCGUGCCUCGGUGCGGCCUUCGACGGCGUCCUCGCCCUCGGCGACCGCGUCCUCGACGUGCGGGCCGCGCCCGGCGGCCACGUGGCCUACGACGCCCACGCCGACCGGAAGGGCGAGCCGGGCACGUGCGGCGUCGACGGUCGCCACUACGCGCCGGGCGCCGGCGGCCACGACCACGGCGAGGGCCGCGAGGGCGACGACCACGGCGAGGGCCGCGAGGGCCACGACCACGGCGAGGCCCACGACCACGACGACCACGACGACCGCGGCGAGGCCCACGACCACGGCGACCGCGACGAGGCCCACGACCGUCGCGGCGACCGCGCCCGGCGCCUCGCCGCCGGCGAGUGCGACGACGGCGCGACCAAGUACCUCGGCGUCGUCGUCUUCAACGACGAGUCGCGCUACGCGACGCGCGGCGUCGACGUCGAGGCGCACAGCGCGGCGGUGCUCGACGUCGUCCACAGCAUCUACGGCGACGAGGCGCCCUUCGGCCUCUACGACGGCGCCACGGUCAAGUGCCGCGUCGUGCCCGUCGUCGUCGGGCAGAUGACGUGGCGCGACGGCGACCCGGCGGAGGUCGACUACGCGGCGGGCGACGCGUGCGACGCGUGCGGCGACGCCUGCGGCGCGGGCGAGGUCUCCGCGAGCUGCCUCCUGUCGUCCUUCGCCGCGUACGCCGACGACCAGCGCGACGCCAUCGAGGCGACGCUCGGCGCGUCCAUGGACGUCGGGCUCCUGCUGACGUCGCGCGACUUGGACGGGUCGACGGUGGGCCUGGGCUACGUGUCCGGCAUGUGCCACGGCGGCUUCUCCGCCGCCAUCGCGUCCGUGGGCUCCGGCGAGCUCGGCUACGCCGCGGCCGUCGUCGCGCACGAGCUGGGCCACAACUUCGGCAUGGAGCACGACGCCGUCGGCGACGACGGCGCGCCCGCGUACCUCAUGUCGGCGUCGACGCCGCAGGCGCCCUCGGGCACGAACCUCCAGUUCUCCGCCGCGUCGCGGUCGUCCGCGGCGGCCUACUUCGAGGACACCUACGGCGUCGGCCCCGUCGACGCGUGCCUCGACGACGCGGAGGAGCCGUCCUGGGACGCGGCGAUCUGCGGCGACGGCAUCGUCGACGCGGGCGAGGCCUGCGACGUGGGCCUCUUCAUCGAGGACGCGUGCUGCCGCGACGACUGCUCGCUCGAGCCCGGCUGCGAGUGCGCGGCCGCGGACGCGUGCUGCGACGGCGGCCUCUUCGCGGCCGCGGGCACGGUCUGCCGCGCGGCCGUCGACGACGCCUGCGACGACGAGGAGACCUGCACGGGCGCCUCCGGCGACUGCCCCACGGACCUCUACAGAUCCGCGGGCACGGCCUGCGACGACGUCGUGCAGGAGGCGCACUUCGACGGCGGGCGCGCGGUCGCCGGCCAGUGCUACGCGGGCGACUGCGUGUCCCUCGAGGACUCGUGCGUCGACCUGGAGAUGGACGACGAGCCCGCGGUCUACCCCUGCGUCGAGCUCUCGGACUGCGCGCGCGUGCUCUGCUCGAACAAGGAGAGCGGCGCCCGCCAGUGCAUCAACCGGGGCCUCGCCGUGCGCGACGGCACGCCCUGCGGCGACGGCGGCGCGUGCUUCGCCGUCGGCUACGAGGCGGGCUUCGCCCUGACCGUCGACGACGGCGCGGGCGACGGCGACGGCGACGGCGGCGGCGCCGACGACCUCUGCGUCGACCCGUCGACGCUGGCGACGUACCACUGGGACACGGGCGCCGACGGCUGCGCCGCGCCCAGCUGCCGCACGGAGGAGGGCGCGGCGGCCGGCGACGAGCGCUGCGACGACGACCCCCCGGGCUCCCCCGCGCGCUGCUCCCACCCGCCGACGGGCACGCCCGCGCCGACGGGCACGCCCGCGCCCUCGCCCGGGCCCAGUCCGCCGCCGACGCCGGCGCCCUCGGCCUCCCUCGCGCCGACGGCGUCGCCGCACGGCGCGGCGGACGACGACGACGGUGGCCCGCCGUACCUCGAGGCCUGGAACGACCUCGACUUCCCCAUGAAGAUGGGCGCGAUCCUCGCGGCCGUCGCGGCCCUCGCGCUGCUGUGCCUCGGCGCGGGCAGGUGCUGCGGCGCGGGCCGGGGCCGCCCCCGGGCGCGGGGGCACCCGGGGCGGCGCCAGUUCGAGCUCGCGGACGUCGCGACGCCCGCGUCCCCCGCCGCGCCGAUCCCGCCGCUCGCGCCGCCGAGCCGCCGCCAGCCGCAGAUCGACGUGCGGCGCUCCACGCGCCAGCCGCGGGCGCCGCCGCCGGCCGCGCCGCCGUCGACGAUCGGCGCCACGAUCGACGCCUACGACCGCAACGCGCGGGGCCCCGACUUCGGGCCCCGCUGA